AUGGGUGCCCGUAUCAGCGACGUUUCUGGGUACCUAAACUUUCUAAUAUUUUGGCUCUCCAUUUCCCUCUCAACAACCGGAAUUGUUCUCAACUAUCAAACCACCAACCGUUUCUUCGACCAACCGCUAAUACAAAUUGGACUUUUCUUCAUGGCAGCUUCUAUUACCGGUAUGAUCCGUUCAUUCUGCCAUGUUAAUACCCUCUUCUACACCUACAUUUAUAUCCUCUAUCUUUUCAUGGCCCUACUCUUCUUUCAUUCCGUCGCCGGAGAACCACAUUCCGGCCAUGCCCAUUUCGAGGAAUGCCCACAUCAAGAAGAGACCAUUAAUAUCAAGAAUCACUCAUCCCUUGUACAGUUUGGUUGGGAUUAUAAUUUCGAGUAUCUUAUACAUACGAAAUGGAGUCUCGAAAGUAAAGAGUGGAGGAGUGAUGCGAAAGUGUUUUGCUAUGGAUUUGAGUAUUGCAAUAAUGGAUUGUUCGAUAACACCAACUACGAUUGGAUAAAGGCAUCGAUUGACCAGUUUGAUUUUUGA